GCUCUUUCUUCGCUCGGCGAGCGCGCUCCCACGCUGCGCCCCUGCCGGUCUGACCAGCCUGGGGCCCCCCAGCGUGAGAGAAAGAUGGCGGGGAUCGCGGGGAGAGAGGUCGGUGGCAGCUCACGGCGGCCUCCAAGACCGAGGCGAGGGGGCCGAGGCCGAGGCCGAGGACGAGGAUGAACCACCCCCACAUCGCACGGGCCAGCGGCGCACGAAGGGGGCGUGGGCGAGAGGGGGAUGGACCUCUGGGAAGGCAGAGCCUUAGAAGCCCUCCUGCCUUCCGACACACACCCCUCGAAGCCUCCGACCCUCCCCCGGGGGAAGCGAUAGGGGACAAGAGCAGCCAGCCCGGCCGUCCUCCACCGCCCCCCCCCAGGGUCCCGAGGCCACGGCGCAGCCUGCACGCCGCGAGGCGCUCCCUUGCUGCGGCCUCGCGGGCAGCUGCUCUGUACCUCCCGCGCCUGCUCCUGCGGCCCCGGGGCGCAGCCAAGCCUGGAUCCCUGCUGCUGCCCGCGCGCCGCCGGACUGGGGCUCCGCGGGCGUGAAAGGGGGGGGGGGGGGAGCGAGACGGCGCUCGGCGAGGGGCCGCUCCCCUCGGCGCCCGCGGAGGCCGGCCUCGCGCAGGGGAGGGAGCGCCCGGCAGAGCAGGCCGCGCGGGCGGCGAACAGGUCCACGGACACGCCCUCGCGGUCUGGCUUCCUGGGGCGCGGCCCCGUGGAUGUGCGAUCGCACGGGUGCGCUCCGCGCGGGGCAUUCGCGGCAAACCCCGCGAGGCCGUGGGCAUGGACACGUUCCCAGCCAACGAGAAACCCCCAGGAUAAAAGAUACGUGCAUCAUAGAGGAGACGGUCGCGCCAGCUGGGCCCCCGACUCCGCAGCUGGACUGGCUUCAAACAAAGCUGAGCGAGAGUAGAAAAGCGCCCGCCAAAAUCAAGCUCAGUUCGCUCUGGAAUCAAGAGGUCUCGACCAAGGUGGCCCGGACUCCCUCUAUGAGCAGAAAACUGAAAACUGAAGUACCGCCCAGCGCCCGAGGCGCAGCGCUGGAAUUAGCAGAAGUUCCCACCGCCCCCAGCACCGUCCACCAUCGCCCAGCCCAGGCAUCCCACGAUGCGAGAAAAGUCACAGCGCCGUGA